UGUUGCCUGUUCUGAAAUCGUCUCGUAUGCGUCGCCCUUUCAGUGAGUACCGUUUCAGAGGUCAAUUAUUUUUUUAGUUUCCAGCGAAAGUCCUACGAAAAGAAAUUUACGAUGGGUGAUGGUGAAAAAUUGAGCCGAAAGAUGAUCUUUCCUUACACAUUUACUGCUAAGGUUGUUCAGUUUCCAUUUAAAAUGCAUUUUAAACACCACUGGAUGUUUCCAUGGUUCAUUGGAGCUGCUGUUAUGGUCGCACCUGUGUUCUAUCAAUUACAGAAGUUUGCCAACAAUGAAGCCAAUAUAAAGAUAUGGGCUGAUAAAAGGAGGAAGGAAGAGGAACAUCACAGACACAAGUGGGAUUAAUUGAAAUUGUGAAUCAAUGUAGAAGAUAAAAAAAAAAAACAGAAACUUAUUCAACUCUUGUAUAUUACUUCUAAUAGCGUUACUACGAGUUAUAAAUAAAUAUUUAAAUUUAAUGUAAUAAAUAUAGUUCAGGACACAUUUUCUUUGA